AUGUUCUACUUUUUCUUAGUUUUUACCUUGGCUGCAGCGGUCGUUCGAACGGGCAAGACCUGUGCAGAGAAUACCCCAGUGCUUGUGAAACAAGACCCACUGGUGAUUCCGCAACGACCAGUGGUUGUCGAGCCGUCCCGUGUUGUAGUUAAACCACCAGAUGUUUACCUCCGCAAGCCAGUUGUGGAGCUACCAAGCGAUCACAUCAUUAAGCAGGAAGCUAUUCAUAUACCGUCUCAAAAAAUCAAAGUUGAAGAACCAAAAGUUGUUCUUUCUAAGCCGAUUGUCUCACUUCCAGCUCCCGUAGAAGUAGCAUCAGAUCCAAUUAGAAUUCCACCAUUCCGUCUCACAGUCAAGGAACCGUCAGUCCGUCUCACAGAACCAAUUCUAAACUAUCCAUCUUCACGAGUUAUUAUGCCGAAACCAAUUACAGUUGAGCCACAAAGAAUUGUUGUUGGUGAACACAAAGUUGUUAUUCCAGAGCCAAUUGUUACAAUGCCUAAAAAACGAGUCAUUGUGCCACCUGCAAUUCGUAUUCCACGACAACGAAUUGAAGUUUUAAGUCCAGAACUUGUAGAACAAAAGCCACAUUUCCUAGAACGAAAGCCACAUUUCCUAGAACAAAAGCCACAUUUCCGCUACAACUACCCAAAACCAUGCUACAAUGGCUGCGGUAAAGACGAAAACCUCUUGAACACUGUGAUUUAUUAG